GGAAAAGACCACUAAUUAUUUUCCCAUAGAACUCUAUACAAACCUUAGGCCCUCUCAGUACUUUACUAUGACAAUUUCAGAAAAAUCCUUGGCAUCAUUUGAAACUUUGUUCUAAGCCCUAACAAAAAAUACUGAAAAAAAUAUAUGGUCCCAUGGCGUUUGUAGGUCAAAAUUGCAGUUGUUUACAACUUAUAGCGAUCAGCAGUAAAUAACACUCUACAGCAAAAAUCAACCCCCACUCCUAAAAUCUCCCCUGGUAAUUCUAUAGUUUCUGUAAUAUUCCCUCAUCCCAUCAUUUAUUUCAAACAUCAUUAAUUUUACUUUAAAAUGAAAACAAUUACAUACCUGAUUUCAGCCAAUGGCAUAACGCCUAACCAUUCAGUACUCUAUACAACAUUCCAUAACAAACAAAGCCAUGUGUUCAUCCGGGGAUUUGGUGCUCUCAUUCCUUACCUCGUAACCUGUCAUGAUCAGUCUGUCAUGCUAACUGAGAUGAGCUCUAUAUCGGAAACAAAAGCGGUUAAUCUCUUGAUAGAACCAUUCUAUGGGGGCUCACAUAAGCAGCUCAUAGAUAUGAUUUACAAUACAAUUCCAGAUUGCCAUUUGAUUACAAUGACAGCCAAAAAAUGGCACUGGAGAUCAAGGGUUGCUGCCCUCUACUUGGCUCAAAAUAUCCCUGUCUCCAAAGAUUACAGGGUCCUUUUCUGCAGUAGUGUCCUGAAUUUAGCCGAGCUAACAGCUCUUAGACCAGACUUGGCACCACUAAAGAAAAUCAUUUAUUUUCAUGAAAAUCAGCUCAUUUAUCCUGUGAGAGAAAAGAAAGAAAGAGACAUUCAGCAUGGCUACAACCAAAUUCUGUCAUGUUUAGUUGCAGAUAGAGUUGUCUUUAACUCCCAUCAUAACAUGGAAUCUUUCCUAUCCUCAAUCGACCAUUUUCUGCACAUUAUUCCAGACUAUCGACCUAAGAAUUUGGCCAACCAGAUCAGAUCCAAAUGUCAAGUGAUUUAUUUCCCUUUACUUGAUAGAAAAAAGUUUUCAACUGAUGAGGGUUUGCAGAUGGAUUCCUGUUCAUUACCAUGCAAUCAGAUCAAUAACCCAGCAUCUCAGGAAUUAAUAGCCAAUCAGAGCACAACCUCAGAGACAAUAUUAUCCUAUCAGGGUAGUGAUUCAGAGUCUGAGAGAUUAACAACCAAUGAGGAUCUUACUUUAGAAUUACAGAGGUCCAUUUGUGGUACUGAGAGCAUAACACCCAGUGAGAUGCUAGAUUUGGAUUCAAAAAAUAAAAACAGCACCAAGAGAACAGAAUUAGUGACUUCAAAUACUAGUACCUCAGAAAACCAGACAUGUACACUUACUGACCAAUCUAAUAUAACCGACACAGUGACUGCAAACUCAACAGCAAAUCAGAUGCAAAAAUUUACAGACCUUUCUGUAAUUCAAGCCCAAAGAAGUCAUGACUUGCAGAAUAGUGUGUCAAGGGACAAUCUCCCUAAACAGGAAGAGAGGCCAUUGCAUAUUGUGUGGGCUCACAGAUGGGAACAUGACAAGGGGCCUGAAUCAUUCUUUAACACUGUGAUCAAUUUACACAAAGAGGGGUGUCGAUUUAAGCUCUCUGUCCUUGGAGAACAGUUUACAGAUAAUCUAGGUGUUUUUGAGAAAUCAAAGCCAAUCCUUGGGGAACAUUUGGAACAUUGGGGAUAUGUACCAAGCAAGGCAGAAUUUCAUCGUGUCCUUGAAAAGGCAGAUGUAGCAGUUUCUACUGCUCUGCAUGAAUUCUUUGGAGUUUCCAUGUUGGAAGCAGUCCAAAUGAAAUGCUAUCCCUUGUGUCCAAAUCGUUUGGUCUAUCCUGAAAUAUAUCCAAAACAGUAUUUGUAUAAUACAGACAACCAGUUGUUAAAAACAUUGAGAAGAUUUUGUCGUCAUCCAAAAUUGGUCAGGGAACACAAGAUACAGGUAGAUCUUUCAAAGUUUUCAUGGGAAGAAAGGAGAAGUGACUUUGAGGACUUAUUUUGUGUGUAAUACUUAUAAUGGAAAAGAUAUGUAAAAUUUUUCCUUUUGACUUUCUUUUCAAAGUUGUUUUCUUAUAAACUCCAGAACGUCUACUUGUUAAUCAUUGAAGAAUAACUUUAUGUUGAUAAAUUGUUUGAAGAAAAAAAUUAAAA